UAGCCCUUGCGCUCUUCGGAGAGUCCCUGCGUGCCGGUGGGGAACAGGGAGAGCCCCCAGUCCUCCUCUAGUACACUGACUUUGGAAGAUUGGACUACUUCCCCUACCGCGCCCUUAAUGCUUCUCUGGGCGAGCCCCGCCCCAUCCAGGCUCCCACUAGCAGAUUGGGCAGCUGGCGCCUCGCCCGGACAAGCACCUGGAGGAGACAGGAGGAGGGGACCUCUUUGUGGGACCUCUGUCCCUUCUGCGCCUUCUCCACGCUCCCAGCUCAACUCCCACUCCCCAGCUCAACUCGACCCUCGAUUAUCGCCGCUCAGCCCGUGAUGUGCCUCCCAGGAUCCCAGAUCUCUCCUGCCCAUCUCUGCUACACCGUGUCGGCUCCCUGGAUUCGCACCGGGUCCCUGACCUCCUCGAGACUUCCAGGGCGGCGGGAGUCAGGGCCUCUUCGAGUGCCCCAGCGGUCGGUCCAAGCUGAACGCAUCCUGAGGCUGCGGGCUCUCGGUCUCCGGUUGCUGGCGCUUCUGUUGGUUCUGCUGCAGCCGGUGCGCGCUGAGAAUCCCAGGGCGCAGGACGUGAGCAUGGGCGUGGAGUGGCUGACCCGCUAUGGCUACCUGCCUCCGGCCGAUCCUGUCCACGCCCAGAUGCAGAGUCUUAAGAAGCUGCAGGAUGCGAUCAAAGUCAUGCAGAGAUUUGCCGGACUACCUGAAACUGGACAAAUGGACCCAAUAACAAUAGCGACCAUGCACAAGCCCCGGUGCUCCCUGCCUGAUAUUCUGGGAGCUGCUGGGCUGGUCAGGCGCCGGCGUCGCUAUUCUCUGAGUGGCAGCGUGUGGAAGAAGCGCACGCUGACGUGGAGUAUCCAGUCCUUCUCUCAGAGAUCCCAGUUGAGCCAGCAGAUUGUUCGGACCCUCAUGAGCUACGCCCUGGCUGUCUGGGCGGCUGAGUCAGGCCUUACGUUCCAGGAGGUGAAUUCUCAGUACCAGGAACCUGACAUCAUCAUCCAUUUUGCCCGGGCUUACCACCAGGACAGUUACCCCUUUGAUGGGCCUGGGGGCACCCUGGCUCAUGCCUUCUUCCCUGGGGAGCACCCCAUCUCUGGAGACACGCACUUUGAUGAUGAAGAGACCUGGACUUUUGGGUCAACAGAUGGUGAAGGAAUCGACCUAUUCGCAGUAGCAGUUCAUGAGUUUGGCCAUGCCCUAGGCCUUGGCCACUCUUCUGCACCCAACUCCAUUAUGAGGCCCUUCUACCAGGGCCCAGUGGGUGACCCUGGCACAUACCAUUUGUCCCAGGAUGACCGCGAUGGAUUGCAGCAGCUCUAUGGGAAAAUAUCUCAAACUCCAAAUGCCAGGCCCACAAGGAAACCCCUGGCUCCACCUCCCCAGCCUCCAGUCAUGCCCCCUGGCAGCCCCUCCACACCCGUGCCUGAUCGCUGUGAGGGCAAUUUUGAUGCCGUUGCCAACAUCCGAGGGGAAAUUUUCUUCUUCAAAGGCCCCUGGUUCUGGCGCCUCCAACCCUCAGGGCAGCUGGUGUCGCCCCGCCCUGCUGGGUUGCAUCGCUUUUGGGAGGGGCUGCCAACUCACGUGAAGGUCAUCCAGGCUGCCUAUGCCCGACCCCUAGAUGGCCGAAUCAUCCUCUUCAGCGGCCCGCAGUUCUGGGUGUUCCAGGAACGACAGCUUGAGGGUGCAGCACGGCCACUGGUAGAGUUUGGGCUGCCCCCAGGAGAGGAAGUAGAUGCUGUGUUCUCAUGGCCCCUCAAUGGCAAGACGUACCUGAUCCGAGGCCAAAAGUACUGGCGGUAUGACGAGGUGGCCGCGCGCCCUGACCCUGGCUACCCACGUGCCCUGAGUCUCUGGGAGGGGGCGCCCUUUGCCCCAGACGACGUCACCGUCAGCAACACAGGUGACACUUACUUUUUCAAGGGCACCCAUUUCUGGCGCUUUGUGAAGGGCAGUGUCAAAUCUGAAUCAGAUUCCCCCCAGCCCAUCGGGCCCAAGUGGCUGGACUGCCCUGUCCCCAACACUGAUCAAGUCACCAGCCCUCCGAAAACGACAUCUAAAACGCAAAGCUGUGAUUGUCACUGCGAGCUCAAUCAAGCCUCGGAGCAGCUGUCGUCGAGCCUCCUGCUGCCCCUCCUACCCCUAAUGGCUGGAGCCCUCUUUUCUUGCUGAAACCUGGUCCUUCCUUGUGGACUUCCUAUAUAGAAGGAAGCCGGAAUCUCCCGCAGCUGGACCUAGUGUAGGGUCGUGAGAUGCUGCGUAGCCUCACCAUCUGUUUCCACGUGAACAGAACUGAGCCUAGCAGAACCCCGGGGGACAUCUCCAGUGUCACUGAGCCCGCUUUCUGUUAGGGCACGGGGAGCUGUGGCCAUAGUGAGGGUGGCCACCAGGGGGCGGUGUGCACACUCUCCAUCGCCAAGAGGGGCGCGCCCGCAGUAGAAACCCACCAGAACUGCAGUUUGGACAAUUGCUCCUCAAACCAAGGCAACGCUACACACAGAUUGUGUGCUGCCUUCUGCUGAGCUGACUGGCUUUCCGGGAAUCCCCGCUCCUCUGAUUCUCCACAACUAGUCAUUCUGGUAGUCACAGUGGGUUGGUGACUACCCUGACUAGAUGUGUGAAACAGGACCAGGACAUUGAACCGCAGUGGCUCCUGUAGCCUCUGAAUGUGAUCCUGAACCUUCUUACCGUGUUCUAGUCCCUCCAUGUCCCUUUACAGUCACUGCCACAGGGUGGGGACUUAGACCACACACUACCACCUCCUCUGAGGGUGUGUGUCAAGUCUUGGCUGACAUCAGUGUUGAAGUGGAUGGGAUUUCUCCAUGUUUGGCCCAGCUGAUCUCGUUUUAGGUCACCCUCAUCCCAGAACACAGCCUGGGAAGCCAUGGACAGGACUCUCUCAGAGAUGCAUCUGUGUGGGUGUGUGCUGGUGUGUGCUGGUGUGUGCCGGAGCCCGAGGGGCCGGAGGUGCUGGAUCCUUUUGGAGCCUGAUCACGGGUGUAGGCCUGGGAUCCUCUAUAAGGGCAGCUUUUAACCACUGAGCCAGGGCCCCAGCCUCCCUAGUCCUCCCUGGGUGCUAUGAUACCCAGCGAGCAGUGAAUAAAAUCUCAGGUAGCUUCCUUCACACCAACUUCCUCAUAGAUUCCUGAAUCUGUAAGGUCACUGCUUCUCAGUGUAAGGACACAGAAUCUCAGGGGAAUUUUUUUUUUUCAA